GUCAGGGGGCGGGGCAGGCCGUCCCCCCGGAGAAGCCGCCCCCCCCGCUCCCCCGCCCCCAGCCCCGCUCGGCACAGCAGCGUGCCCCAAAACCACCACCCGCCACCACCUGCCCGAGUCUGGGCCCACGGUUGUCGCCCACAGCGCCCACAUGAGCAGCGAGGGCUGGGUCGAUGUUGGGGCUCGGGCCGUUGCCUCAAGCGGCGUCAUCCAAAGCGCAGAUCCCCGAAUCGCUGCUCCCGGUGGAAGGCAACAGGCUCUGCCCACCCAGCUCCCCAGCAGCAUAUUGGUUUUGUUCCACCGAUGGCGCGAGCAGCUGCCCCCUCCUCCAGGGCGAGCUGGGCCCCCGACUCCUGCCACCCGCCUGCCUUGCAGCUGCCCCCGGAGGGAGGAGGCAGCCUCCGGGCUCCAGAAAUCGCCUCUGGUGCAGAAGGUGACCCACAGAAGCUGGAGGCUUGGAUCGAGGAGAGGAAGCAGCUCCGGUCUCAGCUGGAGAGCAUUGCGGAUGUAGAAAAAUGGCUGAUGGGAAAGCCUUCCCUUAGCGGCCAGGAGGAAAGAGUCUGGGGAAGAAUAAAGGCGUGCAGAGCAGACAGGAGGGCUGAAAGCAAAUCAGCCGUGACCCACAGCCUGGGCAGCUCACCACCAGCGCGCUGCCAGCCCUUGCAGGGAGGUCACCCUCCCCUUAUUUGUUCACCGUACCCCCUGGCUCUCAUCACGCUGCAUAACCUCCUGCGCAAGCAGAAGCUGACGAUGGCAGAUGUGUUCAAGAGGGCUGGUAUGGACAGGAGGAAGAUCACGAGAGCAGACUUUAUUCGCAUCAUCAAAGCGACCAAAGUUCCCAUCAGCAACAAGGACCUGGAGACGGUGAUCAUCUUCCUGGCUUCCUCAGCGAGGGGCGACUUCAUAAGCAAGGACGAUCUAGUUGAAUGUCAAAGGCAGUGGCUGGAAAUGAUGGAAGGGCAAUCCAGAGAGACCAGAACAGGUGUACAAGCUCAGUUCCAUAAAACCACUUGCACAGCUGUCAGUUGUGUAACUUCUGCUGGGGGCAAAGCCCAAGAGAUGAAGCCUCGUGCUCCUGCCAAGCCUGAAACACAGUUAACGCUGUUAGAAGUUCCCCCAGUCACCACUGAGCCAGAACGCAGAUACCUAGGCUACGAUGAAAUGGAAGAGACUGGAAAACAGUUCAGAGACAGGAGGCGAUGGAAGAAGAACAAGGACAGCCAGCUAGAACGGAAAGAAAAGUGUCGUCUGGUGAGGUCUGAGGGUGCAGCUGUUGAUGAGCACUGCCUGCUGUCAACUGCAGACGGUGACGUGGGCACACUGGUGGACCGGUACCGCAGGGAUUGCUUCGUGAGCUAUCAGAAGAGCCUCAAGCUGUGCAGAGAACACAACAGUGGUCUCACGGAGCUAAUGCUGCAAAAAGCCCUGCUGCACCCGGGAGACAAGAUCAUCAAAGAGGGAGAAGACAUAAGGCAGAUCAGGCAGCCUGGAGGAUCCUACACCUCAGCACGUGAUCCUGCUCCGUCGCCUGCGAGCACAUCCAGAUCGAGAACUGUAUCCAGAAAGCAGGCCAGAGAGGCGGAAAAUAGGAAGUUUCAAAGAAAUAAAAUGCAAAUGAAGCUUGCACACGUAAGCAAGUCAAAUGACAAUAACUUCUGGCCGGGUCAUCUUCUGGACAGGAUGCGCCUUUACCUACCCGAGGUGGAGCCCGGCGGGGCGCAGGCCCUGUUCAGCUGUGUCCGCGCAGCCAAGCCCCCGCUGCAGCUGACCGGGCAGGGAGGGAGCUCGACCCACGGCGAUGCUGCCUUCAAAAGACUCGCUGCUUCUGGAGUCAUUCUCGCAGCAGUGCGCGACGUGAGCGCGGCUUCGUGCUCCGUCAGUCAGCUCCUGGGACCUGGGCCCUGCUCAGGGGGAGAGCGAAGGUAUCGGACCGUGUUAGCGGGGCAGGAGCUGCACGGGCACAAAAUACACUUCUCAGCUGGGAGCUGCCCUGCUCCUCCCGUAACUGCCUGUGUGUGUUGUGAAAGGCAGCGCUCUCCGUGCUCCCCGGGCGUGAGCUCAGUAGUGCAAGCGCGUGUGCGGGGCGGGUGGCAGAGGGGGACGCGGCUCAGCCCCCACUGCCGGGCUCCGGCUCCUGCCCUUCCCUGGGCGCUCCAGCCCUGGCCCCGUCCCGCCGGGUGA